AAACUUUUUCAGAAAAAAUCUAAAGAUUGUUCUGAAAUGAGAUAGAGGUGAAAAUGAAGUCAAUGGCUACUCUCCGACCAGUCUUCAUCUCCUCUGUUUCGUCACCAGCAAAACCUCUACUCCACAAUCGGAGCUUUCGCGUCGUCUCGUGUUCUUCUUCUUCUCAAUCCAAGCCGUCAAUAAGAGAAGAAGGAAGCACAAGAUCAGUUUACAAGGCAGGACUCUUCGAUGACUUGUUCCUCACUCUAUUCCGGAACAAAAUGGUCAAGGAGGUUGGAUGGGAUUCAGAGAAGCCUGGAUUUGAUGGAUUAAUUGAAGUAGCAAAUCGCCUCAUGUCGACCGGGACAAGUAAUACUGAUACUAGAGAUGCAGCAGUUCGAAUUCUAAGGUCACUGUUUCCUCCUCUUCUAUUGCAUCUUUUUAAAUUGCUUGUAUCUCCUUUAGCACAAGGAAAAGUAGCUGCAGUGAUGAAUGCGAGAGUGACUGCUAUUACUUGUCAAUGGCUAAUGGGCACAUGUAUGGUUAAUUCCAUAGACCUUCCUGAUGGAAGCUCGUUGGAAAGUGGGGUUUUUGUAGAAAGAUGCAAGUAUUUAGAAGAGAGCAAAUGUGUAGGGAUUUGUGUCAAUACAUGUAAACUUCCAACACAGACUUUCUUCAAGGAUUAUAUGGGAGUUGCGUUGCUGAUGGAGCCAAACUUAGCCGAUUAUAGUUGCCAGUUUAAAUUUGGGGUGCUUCCUCCACUACCUGAAGAUGAUAGCAUGCUCAAGGAACCUUGCCUUGAAGCAUGUCCCAUUGCAAGUCGAAGAAGACGAGGAUUUCAGAACAUAGGCCAGUGUCCAAAAGCAUAAUAUUUCAUUGUUUGAUUUUGAACUGAUUGAGAGUUACCCUGCUCAUGAUUAGGGAUGUACAAAAACCGAUUAUAACUGAUUAUACAGACCGAACUGAACCGAUUUAGCCAAUUCAGUCCAGUUUGUAUAUUGGUUUCAAUUUUUAAACACUAAAAAUCAAUAUUUUCGGUUUAGUUCGAUUUGAAAGGAAAACCGGCCAAAUUAACCUAA